AAAACUCCAUAUUAAUUAAAGAAAAAUUGAAAAUGGUAUCCGUUGAGAAAACAGGGAGAGUACUUCAUAACCAUAACACUUCCAUUCACCGGACCACAAACGGAGGGUUUUUAUUUCUAUUUCUAUUUUUAUUUUUAAAAAAGAUAAAUAUUUAUUAAUAAUAGAAAAAAAGAAAAGAAAAGAAAAGAGAGACAAUGAGGAAAAAGAAAAAUAGGACCGACGGCCGGCUACGCGCUUGUGGCGUGAGAUUCCACGUGCUUUCAAUUCCAUUCCAUGAAUAACCGGCCAACCAUCCCACGUGAACCCUCUCCGUUUGUGAAAUUUCCCCUCUGGCCACCCACCCCGCAGUUUUCCCGCUACUCACCGACCCCACCCCCUCUCCCUUCACCGCACCCCUUUCUUUUGGGCCGAAGCCAUAGCCGAUUCAUCCCUAGCCCCUUCCGACACUCUAACCAAACCAUCAUGACCCAACCCCCCUCCUUCCGGUCCCGGCCCGCUUCCUUUUCGGUUCUCUAUCCCUUAUCCCUUUCCCAUCCCCAUCCCCAUCCCCGGCCGACUCGCUCUUCAUCGCCGACGCUCCCUUCUUUUUUUAUCUUCUUCUUCUUCUUCUUCUUCUUCUUCUUCUUCUUCUCCAUCUUCCCUUCCUUCUUCUUCUUCUCUCUUUCUAUUCCUUAUCUUCCGAUUUCUCAUGGGUGAUCUCACCGAUUCUCACACCCCUUCCUCUGCUAACUCUCGCCAAGUUCCCAUUCGUGAGGAUUGUUGGAGCGAGGACGCUACUUCCACUCUCAUCGACGCUUGGGGUCGCCGAUUUCUCGAGCUUAAUCGUGGAAAUCUCCGUCAGAAGGACUGGCAAGACGUUGCCGAUUCUGUUAACUCUCUCCAUGGUCUUACCAAGAAGACCCAUCGCACCGAUGUUCAGUGUAAGAACCGGAUCGAUACCGUUAAGAAGAAGUACAAGACCGAGAGGGCUAGGGUUUCUGCUUCCCAUGGAAAUUUCGUUUCCUCUUGGCCUUUUUAUGCUCGUCUUGAUGAACUCAUUGGUCCUACUGUUUCCAUGAAGAAACCCUCUUCUCCUCCUUUGGCUCUUCCUUUGCCCUUCCGUAAGACGCCUCCUCCUUCCGCUGCUGCUUCUUCUGCUAUUGUCGCUGUCUCUCAGAAGCGGCCUGCUGCUGCGAUGGAAGAUGUGUCUUUUCGGAGGAAUUACUCGGCUGCUGCGGCUGCUGCUGCUGCGGUUGCAUUGUCGGAGGAGGAGGAGGAUGAAGAGGAGGAGGAGGAGGAGAGGGUGAGCGACGAUGAAGAGGCGGAAGGUGAGGGCAUGAGUAGGUUGGCAAGAGCGAUUAAAAGGUUUGGGGAGGUGUAUGAAAGAGUGGAGGCUGAGAAAGUGCGACAAAUGGUGGAAUUGGAGAAGCAGAGGAUGCAAUUUGCUAAGGAUUUGGAGCUGCAGCGGAUGCAUAUGUUCAUGGAGACCCAGGUUCAGCUUGAGAGGAUUAAGCGAGGGAAGAAAUCAACUCCCAGUGAGAAUUAGGUCCCUGAGAUGCAAGGUUGUUCUGCAUAUUAAAGCCAAAAAGUAAUGCAAUUCUUCAGGUUUGAGGUGAACACGUUUUGGUAUAUGUAUCAUUUGAAAAUUUGAAUUGCAGAAAGAAUCAUAGCAGCGUAGAGAUGGGAGAGGAAUUGUGUUUAAGUUGAGGAUAAUUGUUGUACAGUUGAAUAGCUCGAAGAAGAUACAUUCACAGGUUCAUAUGUUGAUUACAGAGGAAACAACCAAAGAGUUGUACAUAACUGGAAAUUAAAAAAAAAAAAAUCCAAUUGCGUGUGAGCCACUGAACCCCCAAUUGUUUCUUGUUUUAGUGAUAAGAAAAAAUAAUAAUCUUCUUGAAAAUAGAAUUGUACAUCUCUGUAUACAUCAUAGCCAGAAUAUGGUAUUGGGGAGAGAUCCAAUUUGGAAGGGAGAGUUAUAGCCUGAUAAAACUUCUCCGGGUGGAGAACUUCUCUCAGUUUAAUACAUAGAUAUUUCAAUAAUUCUGAACAAAGUCCCUCACUGGCAUUUUUUCCGUGUUUCAAACUGAGAAUGUGCAUCUUGGAACAGUGUUUUUAUUUAUUUUUGUGUUUUUAAGAACAUUGGAGUAUACGACUGAUGCUAGGUAACAAGAAACUGGGCUAAGUAACGCCGAGUUCUGCUUUAAUUUUAUAUGGGUAAACUGCCAUUAGUCAUUUGAUAGGAGCACUAGCAGCAGUUAAGUCUCUACAUCAUAACUUUUCUUGCGAAAUGUUCGGUUGAACUUAGGCUUCACUUGCCCUGCUCUGGUGUCUCCCAUGACCAAUAGGAAGGCGUGAAGAUUUUAGAUUUGGAAAUUACAAUGACUUUUUGAGCUUAGAUUACUGGACUAUUUCCUAAGGCUAUUUUAGUAAUUUGAUUCAUUUUUUUUUAAUUGGCUCUUUUCUCCCAGGAUUAGAAAAUUUGUUCUCACGUUUCAAUGUUGCUUCUAGCAUGACUAUGUUUGGGCUCGGAAUGUUUGGGGAGGAUGUCUCCAAGGUCUUUGACGCAAGCCUCUAGUCGGAAAGCUGGAGGGAAUAAUUUGAAGUGCAUGAUGUCUUCUUGUUGAUUAAUGGCUGUGGGGGUGGCUCUAACUGAUAUCAUUUGUAUCAAAAGGAAAAAAAGGGAAGGGUACUUGGUGGAUAAUUGCUUCCUCAAGAUUAUACCAUUGGAUCGUGUAGUUUUAUCAGUUAGUUCCCUCUGAAGAUUAUGAAACCAGCUCUCUGCCUCAUUAAUGAUGUCACGUGACGUACUCCCACCCUAAUCUUGUUUUGUUGUAUACUUUGGUUUAACUAAUUUAAUUCAAGUUCUUAAAGAAGACAAGAUUUGACAUUUUCGAGAAUUGCUAAUGUAUAUUGUUUCUUGAAA